ACGAAGUCAGAUCAGUUUUCAUUCGAGCGUAGUUGGUUGUCGAAAGGAAUUCAAUUCCACGAUUUGUUCAUCCAACGGUUGCGUGAUUUUUAUUUAGACGCAUUAUUUUCAUCAGCAGUUUGAUUAUUAUGAAUCUUUGAAACCAAUUUUUUCUAUUUCUGUGUUUUUCUUUUUUAAUUUGAAAACGAUCGUUUUUUCUAACGAAUCCUCCUCAUAAUCAGCCUGAUGUCCUCAUCAUUAAACAUGUUUGAAAGAAUAAUUGAAAGCAUAGGCAGCAUUUCCAUCACUUCGCUCGAAGCAAUCUCACACCUACAUGUUGGACAAAUAUUACUCAAAGGUUUUGAUCGAUGCUUGGGAGUCAUUGAAAAUACAACCCAGUGGAGUCUUCCUUACCAUGAAAUAUCUCCAGAAGAAAAUGGGAAAUCCUUCAAUGAGAUCAAACUUGUGAGACCUCUUCCGUGGAUAUUUUUCCUUCCAAGUCUACUCAUCCUUCGAGGCUUCAGACUUGUAUGGAACAUUGGUGCAUGCAUCCUUGGUUAUCCUGAAAUCCAACCGAGUGAUAUCGUAAGAUGUUUACAAAGAGUUCGACAACGUUUACGAGCAAUUCGACUGAAUGCAGGAAAGAAAAUAAGGAAGACUAGACCUGCAGUAAGGGACACAAAUUUAAGGAUAAAUGAUGCUAAGAGAAGCCUGAUGAAGUCAAUUCAACUCACUCUGUCCAGUUUAUCCUGUUUUGAUGCAUCGAAGGUAAAAUCAUCACCAUCCCCAACCAGAGUUCGUGUGUAUACUAAUAAUAUCUCAAUCACUCCUGAUGAAAAAUCAGCAACAGAAUCAACUGCUGGAGCUCAACAAUUCGAUAUGAAACGCAAACAUACUAUCAUUAGCUCCGAUGAAUCUGAUGAAUCUGAUCGAGAACCUUUCUACACCAAAAUGGAACGGUAUGCUGUUUUGAAUAGCUCUGAGGAUGAAGAUUUUAACCCAGCAGAAUACAGCUCAAGCUCCACCGAAUCAGAAGAUGAAAAAGUAAACACUAAUGAACUCAUUGCUGAAUUAAAAGAGUUAGCAGAAACUGAUGAUAAUUAUGAAAUUCUAAAAUCGUUCGGUGCAAAAUUUAUCCGAGCUACAGAGGUUGAAAAACAAAAGGUAUUCGCAGAACUUCAAUCUCUUUUUUUGAGUAAAACUGCCAAUUUACAAAGUGACGCUGAUGUAAAUGGUGAAGCGCCAUUACAACUACCAGACUCUUUUGAGUUCUUUUCUCCAAGAAAUGAUGUAAGUGUAGGAGUUGAUAAUGCUUUCUAUUCACCAUUGAGUAGUUCAAGUCCUGAACCAGAAGAUAAUGACGUUGUAGGACCAGUUAUUGAAGAUCAAAAAAAUGAAUCAAAUAAUGUAACUGACGAAAAAAAGUCUACACCACGAAAGCUAUUGUCAGAGAAUGGCCAUAAAGAGGAGAAUGUGAACAAUCCUGAGGUGAAUUUAGAAGUUGGAGAAAAGAAUGCUAAUUCUUUGGACGUAGUUACUGAGAAUUCGAAUGUAAUGUCUGCUGGAAAGAACAAACAGAAUUAUUAUAGAGGAAAACGCCACUGGAACCGUAAAAAGAAAUAAGACAACUUUUUUAAUUAUUUCAUUUCCUUCAUAACUUUUUUUUUUGUUAAAAACUUAUUUUCACUCAUACAAUCUACAAUGAUUAUUCAUUCAUUAUAUUAUUUAAUCCAAUUAUCAUUUAUUUAAAUUAUAACUUCCUAGAAAAUAAGUGAGAUAUUAUCGUUAAUUACUGCACGUAGU